UGUGCGCGGACGAACGUAUUAAAAGAAGUGUUGCACGUGCCAUUAUCCCUUCAGUUAGCAGUUUUAAAAAAAAUAUUAAAAGGACGCAAUAGCGAUGGUUAAAAAGAAGAUUGACAAUCGUAUAAGAGUUAUGAUUGAAAAUGGCGUAAAGUUGGGACAUAGGACGAUGUUUGUAAUUAUUGGUGACAAAGCCAGAGACCAGGUACCAAUUUUAUAUGACAUUCUAACAAAGUCUACCGUGAAAGCCCGGCCAACGGUAUUGUGGUGCUAUAAAAACAAAGAUGAAGCCAUAUCUAAUCAUGGCAAAAAAAGGGCAAAGAAAAUAGCUGCAGGUAAAAUUGAUAUCAACGAUGCGGAUCUAUUUGAUACUUUUCGUGUGGCGACCACAAUUCAUGGAAGAUAUUAUUCAGAAACUCACGCGAUAUUGGGAAGAACUUAUGGAGUUUGUGUAUUACAGGAUUUCGAGGCUUUAACCCCAAAUUUACUGGCUCGUACAAUGGAAACUGUAGAAGGUGGUGGUCUUAUAAUUCUUCUUUUAAAGUCUAUAACUUCAUUGAAACAGCUUUUUACCAUGAGCAUGGACGUGCACAAGAGAUUCCGUACGGAAGCUCACCAAACAAUUACAUGUCGUUUUAAUGAACGACUUAUACUUUCUUUGGCCGACUGCAAGAGAUGUUUAGUGAUUAGCGAUGAUCUUGUCGUAUUACCGUUAAGCUCGAAAAUUGUUGACGUGGUACCCGUUAAUCCUGCAGAAAUAAAAAAAUCAGAGAACGAAGAUUUAUUAACUGAACUGAAAGACAGUUUACGAGAUACUCCACCAGCAGGGCCGCUAGUGAAUCGCUGUAAAACCUAUGAUCAAGCAAAAGCAGUGGCUCAAUUUAUCGAAGCCUUAGCAGAAAAGCAACUUAAACCGCCAAUUUCGUUAACAGCUUCACGUGGCCGAGGCAAAUCAGCAGCUUUGGGUCUUUCAAUAGCAGCAGCAAUUGCUUUUGGCUAUGUAAAUGUUUACGUUACUUCGCCCCAUCCCGAGAACUUGAUAACUUUGUUUGAAUUUGUGCUUAAAGGAUUUGAUAGCUUAGCAUAUCAAGAGCAUACCGAUUAUACAAUCAUACGCUCUACUAAUUCCGAUUACAAAAAGGCCAUCAUACGUAUUAACAUGACACGCAUGGGCAGGCAAACAAUACAAUACAUUGCCCCGAACGAUACACAUCUUUUAAAUGCUGCCGAUCUGUUACUUAUUGAUGAAGCGGCUGCUAUACCCCUGCCCUUGGUAAAAAAAAUGAUUGGUCCAUAUUUAAUAUUUUUGGCGUCCACAAUUAACGGCUAUGAAGGAACCGGAAGAUCUUUGAGCUUAAAAUUGAUUACACAAUUGCAAAAAGAGAACAAAGCUUCUCCACCGAUCAAACUUGAAGAAUCCAUACGGUACAGCGAAGGGGACGACGUUGAAACUUGGCUAAUAAAUUUAUUGUGCUUGGAUGCAACUAAUGUAGCGUUUAUCAAUUCCGGUUGUCCGAACCCCGAUGUUUGUGAGCUAUAUUAUAUAGACCGCGAUGCUUUGUUUUCCUACCACAAGGCGGCGGAAUCUUUUUUACACCGUUUGGUGUCUAUAUACGUGGCCUCUCAUUAUAAAAAUAGCCCCAAUGAUUUGCAAAUGAUGAGCGAUGCCCCAGCCCAUCAUUUAUUUUGUCUAUUAGGACCGAUACAACGUAAAGAUCAAUUGCCAGAAAUUUUAGUGGUUAUACAAGUCGCUUUAGAAGGUGAAAUAUCCUCGAAAAGCAUAACCGAUUCUUUAGGCAGAGGAAAGAAAGCUAGUGGGGAUUUGAUACCUUGGAAUAUAUCUGAGCAAUAUGGCGAUCGAGAGUUUCCUAAGCUGCCAGGAAUACGAAUAGUGCGUAUUGCGACCCAUCCCAACUAUCAAAGGAUGGGCUAUGGAAAGAAAGCUAUAAAAUUGUUGAGAGACUAUUACUGCAGAAAAUUUACUAAUUUAAAUGAGAUGCAAAAUAAUGAUGAAAAUGAAAACGGCAUCGAAGAAAUUGAAGAAGAUCACGUGGGCUUACUUAAAGAGCAAAUACGUCCCCGUAAGAAAAUACCGACGCUUUUGAAACGUUUAACUGAACGUAUUCCCGAACAUAUUGAAUAUUUAGGCACUUCAUAUGGUCUCACUCAGGAUUUGUUAAAAUUCUGGAAAAGCCUGGGUUUCGUGCCUGUUUACAUAAGUCAAAAAGCGAACGAAAUUACUGCGGAACAUACCUGCAUAAUGUUGCAUUCAUUAAAAAAUGAAAAAAAGUGCACCGAUUGGUUAAAUUUAUACUUUAACGAUUUUAGGCGGCGGAUAACCAAACUUUUAAGCAAAGCAUUCAGAGAAUUUCCAUCCAGUUUGGCGCUUUCUCUGCUUGACAACAAAUGGGUUAGUUUCGAUUCCGUACAAGAUUUGAAUAAACAAACAUUGGAUGUCUACUUUCUACCGCACGAUCUGCAAAGACUUGAGUUGUAUUCACGCAAUCAAAUCGAAUUUCGUUUGAUCUUGGAUCUGACCACAGACAUUGGUUCUUUAUAUUUUCAAGGCAAAGUAGCCGAUGUUCAGCUAGAUGCUCUGCAAAAAGCCAUCCUUUUAGCAAUUGGCAUACAAGGAAAACAGGUUGAUGACAUAGCAGCCGAACUGAAUAUGCCAGGAAAUCAAAUAUUAGCCAAAUUUUAUGAUAUGAUAAAAAAAAUUACAAAAUAUUUUAAUACUGUUAUCGAAAAUGAAAUUGAGAGCAAUAUGAUCAAGGACAAACAAUUGAAUAAUGGAAACGAUUUUGAGCCCUUAACUCUCUCGUUGAACGACGAAUUGGAGGAAACGGCCCGACAGUUGACGGCGAAGCAAAAGGAAGAAUUGAAGAAAUUAAAGGUAGAAAGUGAUUACCAAAUAAAAGGUGACGAAAAAGACUGGACAAACGCUUUAAGCAACGUUCCUUCCAAAUUAACGUUGAUAUCCGUGAAAAGCGGCACAAAACGUUUAGAUGACAACAUUGAAUCGUUGGACACCGCCAUUAAAGAGCCGAAAAAGAAGAAAAUGAAGUUCUCGAAGAAAAUCAAGGGCAAAGCAAUUAUUUAGACGUUAAAUAAAGCUAAGUUUAACGCAUCAGUAACAACAGAAACUUAAAUAGAUCUGGCUUUUCUACUUACUGCUAGUACUUCUGUUUUGAAAAAUGUUAAAAUAAUAAUCUUUUUUGAUAAAAGUAUGCAGCAAGAUGUGCGGUACAUUUAAAGUUUAAGCACAAAUAUACAGCGCCAGUUUUUCUGUCGUGCACUAUCCCGCAAACUUUAUUUUACUUUUGCCUGGAACACUUCACUAUGAUUUAACUAAGUAACUGAUUCUUUGCUUUGCUUCUUUCUAUGUAGCGAUACCUCUUUUUUCUAAAUUAUC